CUCCUUUCUGUGUGGCGCCGGUUCAGGCAUACAUGGCGCGUUGACAUUCUCCUGUGAUACGGUUGCCUGUCGGUUGUUACGUUACUUACUCGAGUACGUUUCUGAGUGCGGAAAUAACAGUGGCGCGCAUGCGGGAAACGGAGGAGGACGAGAUGGCAGCCGGGCUGGAGUUCGAGGAGCCCGAUGUAAGUUUCAGCGACCCGGAGGAUUACGUAGAUGACAUCAGCGACGAGGAACUGCUAAAUGACAUCAUAAGGGAACGACCUCAGGAAGCUGAUGGUAUUGACUCAGUUGUUGUCAUCGAUAAUGUACCGCAGGUUGGACCAGACCGCUUAGAAAAGCUAAAGAAUGUUAUCCACAAAAUUUUUUCUAAGUUUGGGAAAAUUACAAAUGAUUUCUAUCCAGAGCAAGAUGGAAAGACAAAGGGGUACAUUUUUUUGGAGUAUGCCACACCUACACAAGCAAUGGAUGCCGUUAAAGGUGCUGAUGGGUACAAGCUGGACAAGCAGCACACAUUUCGGGUCAACCUCUUUGCUGACUUUGAUAAGUAUACCACCAUUAGUGAUGAGUGGGAAAUUCCAGAAAAACAGCCAUUCAAGGACUUUGGUAACCUGCGGUAUUGGUUAGAGGAUGCUGACUGUCGGGAUCAGUUCAGUGUGAUAUUUGAGUCUGGUGACAGAACGGCCAUUUACUGGAAUGACAUCAAGGAACCUAUCCUAAUUGAGGAACGAGCAGUAUCUUGUCACCUUCAGUCCACUGAUGGAUACAAAAGAUGACCCACAAGCCAUCAUCAUCUGGGACAUCCUGACAGGACAGAAGAAAAGAGGUUUCCACUGUGAGAGCUCUGCCCACUGGCCAAUUUUUAAGUGGAGCCACGAUGGGAAGUAUUUUGCUCGAAUGACACUUGAUACCCUCAGCAUCUACGAAACUCCUUCUAUGGGAUUGUUGGACAAAAAGAGUUUGAAAAUAACAGGAAUCAAGGAUUUCUCAUGGUCUCCUGGUGACAAUAUCAUUGCGUUUUGGGUACCAGAAGAUAAGGAUAUUCCUGCCAAAGUGACCCUUAUGCAGUUCCCAUCUAGGCAGGAAAUCCGAAUCCGAAACUUGUUUAAUGUAGUAGACUGUAAACUGCACUGGCAAAAAAAUGGGGAUUAUCUCUGUGUUAAGGUGGACAGAACACCAAAAGGUACACAGGGAGUAGUAACAAACUUUGAAAUCUUCCGUAUGAGAGAGAAGCAGGUUCCUGUUGACGUGGUGGAAAUGAAAGAAAGCAUUAUAGCAUUUGCAUGGGAACCCAAUGGUAGCAAGUUUGCCGUACUGCAUGGAGAGUCCCCAAGAAUUGCAGCCUCCUUUUACCAUGUCAAGAACAACGGCAAGAUUGAACUCAUCAAAAUGUUUGACAAACAGCAAGCUAACAGUAUCUUCUGGAGCCCUCAGGGACAGUUUGUAGUGCUGGCUGGCCUAAGGAGCAUGAAUGGUGCUCUGGCCUUCGUGGACUCUUCAGAUUGCACCAUGAUGAACUUUGCUGAACAUUACAUGGCCUCUGAUGUAGAGUGGGAUCCUACUGGCCGAUAUGUUGUCACAUCAGUCUCUUGGUGGAGUCACAAGGUGGACAAUGCGUAUUGGUUGUGGACAUUCCAAGGUAGACUGCUACAAAAGAACCCCAAGGAUCGCUUCUGUCAGUUACUUUGGAGACCUCGACCACCAACUUUACUCUCUGCAGAUGAGAUAAAGCAAAUUAAAAAGGACUUGAAGAGGUAUUCCAAGAUUUUUGAGCAAAAGGAUCGCCUGAGCCAGUCUAAAGCUUCAAAGGAACUAAUUGAAAGGAGACGCAAAAUGAUGGAAGAAUUCCGUGAAUAUCGUCAGCGUGCUCUGUCAGUCUUUAUGGAACAGAAACCAUAUCGUCUGGACCUUCGAGGAGGUGUCGACACAGAUGAGCUGGACAGUAAUGUUGAUGACUGGGAAGAGGAAACCAUUGAAUUUUUUGUCAGUGAAGAAAUUAUUCCCCUCAGAGAUGGGGAGUAGUCCCCUACAGUGAAGCACCACCUCAUUUGAAGAAAAAUUCUGCACCAGUACUGCCUCUGUAUAUUCUGGAUUUAUUUUUGAGAUACUGAAUGCCCAGUGUUUUCCUUUUCGAAGGUCAUCAUAAUAGUGCCUUGUAACCGUGUGAUCUGCAUCGCAGCUGAGACGGAAGAAAAUUUGAAAAGCACUGUUACUGUUAUCUCCGAACACUGACUGCGAGACAUUGCUGAAGAUUUGAGAAGUGGCUAUUAGCCUUUGCAGCAGUGGACAUCAUUUUAUGCACAGCUAAGGCACACAGGAUGUUCCUGUAUGUGUCUUGUUGCUUUUAUGCCCCCAUUCCUUGGGCAAGUAAAUUUUAUGUACAGGGAAAUGAAAGUCCUAAAAUGUGGUCUCCGAUUCUGUAUCCUAGUGUGCUGAUACGGCACUACAACGGACUUUUUCCUCCUCCAUUCAGAUUAUGUCUUGAAAACAGAAUAAAGCGUAACUUACAUCA